UUUUCUUUUUUUUUUAAACAGAGGUUCAGGAAGUGUGAAACCGCUACGUUUGCAAAAACGCUGAAGGAGUUAGAGUUAGUGGAUGGACAGAACAUAAAAUACACCCGGUUAACCUUUGAGCUGUUUUCCUUUGUCCUCACAAGAAGAAGUCACAAGACAAAGUCUCGUAUAAUUUCACGGAUGACAGUCCAAACGAGACUUCACGUUCAGGACAAAGUAAGGAGGAAGACCCACACAUCAUGUCCUCUGUGCAUUUCAAUCCAGGGUCGGAUGCAGGUAUAAACGGAAACAUUGCAAAGAUGGAGGAUGCUAAGGUGGAGAUUGAUGAUGGGAAGGACGAGAGUGUGCUUCCAGACACAAUGUAUCACAAUAUGCGGCAGAAGAUAUCCCCCCUUGUUAUGUCCUUUGGAUUUCGUGUAUUCGGGGUGAUACUGAUAAUAGUGGACUUUGUGCUGGUGAUUGUGGAUCUUUCCCUGCCAGCCAAAAGCAGAGAUGUUGGCAAUGCAAUAGAGGCUGUGUCACUCACCAUCUCUUUCUUUUUCCUUGCCGACGUCCUCCUGAGGAUCUAUGUGCAAGGGUUUAAAGUGUACUUCAGCUCCAAGAUGAACAUUGUGGACGCCUGUGUUGUGGUCAUCACGCUGGUGGUCACUAUGAUCUACACCUUCUCAGACCUGUCAGGAGCCAGUCUCAUUCCCAGGGUGGUGACAUUCCUGCGUUUCCUGAGAAUAAUCAUCCUGGUGAGGGUUUUCAGACUGGCAGCUCAGAGGAAAGAGCUGGAGAAGGUCACCAGGAGGAUGGUUUCUGAGAACAAGCGGCGUUAUCAGAAGGAUGGAUUUGACCUUGACCUCACCUAUGUCACAGACCGCGUCAUCGCCAUGUCUUUCCCCUCCUCUGGGAAGCAGUCUUUCUACAGAAAUCCAAUAAAGGAGGUGGCGAGGUUCCUAGACACUAAACAUGACGGCCACUAUAAAGUUUACAACUUGUGCAGCGAGAAAGGCUACGACCCCCAGUUCUUCCACUACAGGGUUGAGCGAGUGUUCAUUGACGACCACAACGUCCCCUCCUUGGAGGACAUGCUGAAAUACACAGCAAGUGUGAGGGAGUGGAUGUCCGCUGAUCCCAAAAACAUCAUUGCCAUUCACUGUAAAGGAGGGAAAGGACGCACAGGUACCAUGGUGUGCACCUGGUUUAUCGACAGUGACCAGUUUGAGAGUGCACAGGACAGUCUGGAGUAUUUUGGUGAGAGGAGGACGGACAAGAGUCAGAGCUCUAAGUUUCAGGGAGUGGAAACUCCUUCUCAGAGCCGGUACGUGGGCUACUACGAGAUCAUGAAGACCAACUUCAACAGACAGCUGCCUCCACCUAAAAGCCUCAGGAUCAAGAGCAUCCGCAUCCACUCCAUAGCAGGUGUGGGUAAAGGUGAUGGCAGUGAUCUCAAGGUCAAGAUAAUUGUGAAGAAAGAGCUGGUAUUUCAAUGUGUGUGUGCCAAACAGGAGAACUGCUCACUAUUUCCUGAUGUGGGGAACAAUGCAGCAGUCAUCAGCCUGCAGAAUGGGCCUGUGGUUGAAGGCGAUGUAAAGGUCAUGUUUGAGUCAAGUGCUGGUCUACCAAAAGGAUAUGAAGAUGUCCCAUUUUACUUCUGGUUCAAUACCUCCUUCAUAGAAGAGGACAAGUUGCAUUUACCAAGAGAAGAGCUCGACAACCCACACAAACCAAAGACCUGGAACCUGUACAAAGAGGACUUUGGUGUCACUAUGUUCUUCUCAGAACCAUAAAUAAAAGUCCUUAUACAAGGAUGUAGAUGAUAAAAUGGGUUGUUACAGUUGAACCUUGAAUGAUCGGUGGCUUGAACACUAACUCAAUAAAUGAUUAAUUGAUGCUCAAAUGUUAUAUAUAUAUAUAUGUCAUUGAGGUACAGCAAUGAGUCAAAUCAUGUAGACUGUGGCUUUGUUCUGAACAGCUAUUAAACUUAACUGAAAUAUACAAU